GUCAAAUUACAGUUUUUCUGGAAGUCGGUGAGCGUCAAAAAUUUUGUUGUUUUGUACCGAACCCUUUUCAAACAGCUUAUUCUCAAUCAUAUUUAGAAAUCAUGGAGGUGAAAGAAUGUAACGAUCUAGCAGAAGAAAAUCAAUUUAUUGUAGACGAUGUGAGCAAAAUUAUAAAGGAAGCUAUUGAAAAUUCUAUUGGAGGCACCGCCUAUCAACAUAACAAAGUUAAUCAAUGGACAUCUGCUGUGGUGGAGUCUUGUUUGGGACAGUUGACCAAGUUGCAAAAACCUUAUAAAUAUAUAGUGACAUGCACAAUAAUGCAGAAAAAUGGUGCCGGUCUACAUACAGCCUCCUCUUGUUUCUGGGACAAUAACACCGAUGGAUCCUGUACUGUACGCUGGGAAAACAAAACCAUGUACUGCAUCGUCUCCGUCUUUGGCCUUGGCAUCUAACAUAAUAUGAUUAAUGUUUAAAAUAAGUAAACUCAAACAUAGCCAAUGUUGCAAUUUAAUUAAGUAGGCCAGGCAUCAUAAUUAGUAAGAUCAUUGCAUGCAAUAUCAAUCGCUUGAAUAUAUUUGACGAUUAUAAAGUAUUGCAUCAGUAAUAAUUAUGAAAUAACAUAAAAAAAUCAGAUUUAUUUCUUUGUUUGUAAAUUGUGAAUGUAAUGGAAACCUUAAUGUUGAUAUCAAUUAAUAGUAGUCUGAAGAUAUAUAUUCACAAAGAACCAUUUAGUUGUUUAUCACUGCUUUAUUAACAACAUUUUCAUCUAAAAUUUAUUUUGUUGUAUAUUUUCUAGAAUGUAACAGCACUUAUUGUAUUUCUUCAUAAUUAUAAAAGCCCUUCUUUAGUCAUUACUUAAUUUUAAGUAAGUUAGGAUAUAUUUUCAUACAUAAUAAAUAUAUCUAAAAACCAAUUUCUU